CCUCAUUAUGACAGCUGUUGAUGGAUUCUUUUUUCUUCCUUCUGUAGGCAGGCCCAGGGACAAUUGCAGAGGCCAUGAUUCGAGGCCUACCUAUUAUUUUAAAUGAUUACAUUGCCGGGCAGGAAGCUGGCAAUGUUUCCUAUGUAGUUGAAAAUGGAUGUGGAAAGUACUCUAAAUUGCCUAAGGAGAUAGCGAAAAUUGUUGCGGACUGGUUUGGUCCGAAGGCCGAUGAACUAAAAGAAAUGUCCCAAAAUGCAUUAAAACUAGCAAGGCCUGAUUCUGUGUUCAGAAUUGUCCAUGACAUGCACGAGCUAGUUAAACAAAGAAGCUUAUUGAGAGAGUAUUCUUGUACAGCUUAAUCACACUGAGGCUAAUUUUUCAAAGGAGUGUUUUGUUCAAAAUGUAAAAGGCAGCAAAGGUUUAGCUACUCAUUUGAAAUUAAUAAUAAUAAAAUUAAUAAUUUUGAUGUUUAGCUACUCAUUAGUAAAAAUGAGGAUAUGUUUUCCCGCCAAUUGGAUAUUGAUGUUUAGCUACUCAUUUGAAAUUAAUAAUAAUAAAAUUAAUAA